AUGUCUAAUGAAGAAUACGAUCAUCUGUAUAAAAUAAUUUUAGUAGGUGACGCAACAGUAGGUAAGACACAUUUGCUAUCGAGGUAUAUAAGGGGAUCUCUUCCUAGUGUAGCAAAAGCUACUAUCGGUGUCGAAUUUGCUACGAGGACCAUUCCACUGGCAGUCGGGGGCACCGUGAAAGCUCAAAUAUGGGAUACUGCGGGGCAAGAACGUUAUCGAAGUAUAACUAGCGCACAUUAUAGAAGAAGCGCAGGAGCUAUAUUAGUAUAUGAUAUUACAAAGAAGAAAACAUUUUUAAGUAUAUCAAAAUGGUUAGAAGAAAUAAGACAAAAUGCAGAUAAAGAUAUUGUCAUUAUGCUUGUUGGAAAUAAAGUAGAUUUAACUGAAGAAGAUGAAACUAAAAGAAAGGUGACAUAUGAACAAGGAGCAAAUUUUGCAAGAGAAAAUAAUUUAUUUUUUGCAGAGGCUUCAGCUGUAUCUAAAUUAAAUGUCAAACAUAUAUUUGAAAAUUUAUUACAAGAAAUAUAUAAUAACCGAUUAAAAAAUAAUAAUCGAAGCUUUAGUAAUAGAAGUGUAGCUACGUGUGAAAGUGCAAUACAACUGACAAAAGCAAGAAGUGUUAUAAAAUUAAAUGAAGUAUAUGAUAAUCAAAGUGAAGAUAAUAAUAUGAAUAAAGUAAAAUGUUGUUAG